AUGACGAAUCUGUUCAAAGUCCCAGGAUGGUCUGUUUCGGCAGCUCCAGUGGCUGAGCACAGCAACCCAAAGAAGAGAAAACGGCCGGCGGGGAAGGAUGAGGACAAGGUCCAGACGGCAGAGAUCAACUUUGAGAAGUUGAUGGCGAAGCUGGAGACUGGGGCUGCCGGCGCACAACAAUCGUCGCGCAACAAAAAGAAGAAAGGAAAGGAGGCACAGGAGGAGAGCAAAGGCAAUGACGGAAGGAGGAAGCCUCGGGUACGCGACCAGCACGAGCAUACAACAAAAGCCGAGGCGAAGCAGAAGGAGAAGAAGAGGGAUCUGACCAAAAAACCACCUGCGACUCUAAGCGAGCAGCCAAAGCCCAAAAAGCGAAGAAAGGGAGGACUUUCAACCGACUCGCAGGAUAUUAUCGACACUACGGAGCAAGAAGCGGCAGAAACUGGUGGUUCCAAACACGAGAGAGGGCUUACUGCGCUGCAACGUGGGUUGAAAAAUAGCUUGGAAGGAGCACGUUUCAGAUGGAUCAACGAACAGCUGUACAAGUCGGACAGCGAACAUGCUCAUCAGAUGAUGCGCGAGAACCCCGCAGUCUACGAGGAGUACCACACCGGUUUCCGGCAUCAAGUCCAAUCCUGGCCCACCAACCCCGUCUCUCACUACAUCUCCGCACUAUCAUCCUACCCCCCAAAGACCGUCGUUGCGGACCUUGGAUGCGGAGAUGCCGCACUCGCGCGUGCACUCACACCCAAGGGCAUGACCGUGAUCUCCUUCGACCUCGUGUCCGAUGGAAUAUACAUCGUCGAAGCCGACACAUGCACGAGGCUUCCGCUGCCUGGCUCGGAAGUCGGUGGCGCUGACGGUGGCGCGGCAGGGAAGGACGAAGGCGAGGGCAGCGUGGUCGACGUGGUGGUCUGUGCGCUGAGUUUGAUGGGGACGAACUGGCCGGGGUGUAUUCGGGAAGCGUGGCGUGUUCUGCGGCCUAGGUUUGUCCCUGGUUGUGCUUCCCUUGGCGAGCUGAAGAUUGCGGAGGUGGCCAGCCGAUUCACGGAUGUGGAUGAUUUUGUUUCCUUCGUGUGCUCAUUCGGUUUCCGGCUUAAGUCGAAGGAUGAUACCAACAGCCACUUCACGCUCUUCGAGUUCAAGAAAAUCGCGCGCAAACCGAAAAGUCAGAAGGAGUGGAGCAAGCUGCUGUCUCGCGGCAGCAUACUGAAGCCAUGUGAAUACAAGCGACGAUGA